AUGCCGGAUUUUCUCAACCUCUUCAAGACGCGUCAGCUUCUCGAGCUCCCACUGGUGGUCGAAUAUCAAGCUAUCACCACGAGGCCGCCAUCCGUGAAGAUUCUCCUCCCCACGAACAUAGGUGGAGCUGGUGUCCAGAACUCGUCUUUGGCGACGUUGGACUCCAGCUUCGGAGGCACGCCUGAGCACGAGUUCGUAGACGCCACUCAGCCGAUUCGCCUCCUGGUUUCUGUAGCUCCCGCUAAAGAGGUGCUUGAGCGAACGCGGGCCAACACGGGCGUCUCUGCCGUAGAUUAUCAUGCUCAGAUCCUUGGUGACGAUCGCAGGUCUUCCGCAGUUUUCCAGUUCCAAGUACGCGGAGAUUGUCAUGAAAAUCUGCUCGCCGUAAGACGUCACGCGGUUCAGCAGCGGGGAGUUGUGGAGAGAGCUGUCCCAGGCGGCUUCGAAUCGAGUCCCAGGGAUAAUACUGAUGAGUCGUUGUCUUCUUCCUCGGGCUCCGGAGUGUUGCGAAUUCGUCCGACAACUAGCUCGCGGACGUCUUUCCAGCGCAGUUCCUGGGCGUGUUCGUGGACAAUCGUGAUCCGGAUACGGCGUUGGAUACCCUGGUGCAGAAGGAACAACCCGCGACAAGGAAGAUCGUCGCUGUGGUCUACUACUGAGGGAACGUACUCGCCGUUGGGCGCCAGUUCGCAAAUUUCAAACCAGACCAGGACGUCGUACUUUGCGUGA